AUGUCGGCCUUCAAAUCAUUUUCUACUGUCCGGGGUGAGGGUGGUCUGUCUAGACGACGCGACUCUUCAGCCCUUUCCACCCUUCCCGAAUCUGAGCCUCAAGUGCGCCGCCAGAGCCUCGCUGCUCGUUCCGAUUCACAAGUCAAAGGUGCUGGUACUUCACUGGACCUCCCAUCGAGCAGGCUCUCGACUACACAACCAUCUCUGUCCGGUUCCCAGAAUGCAAAAGAAACAAAAGACAAGAGACCAUCGUUUAAACCGAUUCAACCAAGCCCUCCUCCUAAUGCUGGGCUGGACCCUUUAAGCACGCAAAUAUACCUGCGAACUAACAGCAAUACUGGAGAGCCUACUAUUGCGCAAAGAUUAAGAAGUCAAGGCCGAUCUGAAAGUGACAACAAUCAGAGGCAAAGCUCUGAACUCGGCAAUCUCCCCGGUACUCCUCAAGAUUCCAGCAAGGAUCGAAGGAAAGGUGUAUCCUUCCUUAGCCGACUGGGAAUGCGUGGAAGUUGGAGAAAAGAUGACGACUUACACGACUCCGACUCCGAGUUGGGUGACCUACGAACCGAUGGAACUUAUGCCCGAGCUCUCACAUCCGUCGUCGGUGCAGGCGGCGGAUACAUCCCACUACACAAGGAACCUCCACGGUACAUUCGAGUCAAGGCGCACAACAAGAAAGAAAGAGAGUACAACCAUUUGUUCCUCGCACAAGAACUUACAGCCUCCGAACACAAGCACCAAAACACGCACGGCCGAGCGGUAGCGACAGCAGUUGGAAGCAAGAUACUCAGAGGCGGUGAUGCAAUUUGGGCGGCAGAGUUUAGCUUGGAUGGACGAUAUUUGGCUGUUGCUGGGAAGGACCAGAUCGUGCGAGUUUUUGCCGUUAUUUCGACCCCUGAGGAACGCAAGGCACAUGAGGAAGAAGAAGCACAAAACGGUGCUGAUGGCGAGAAGCUCAGUGCUCCAGUCUUCCGUACCAAACCUGUACGGGAGUUCAAGGAACAUACGGGCGAGGUGCUCGCCUUGAGCUGGAGCAAGAAUAACUUCCUACUUUCGUCUUCGAUGGACAAAACAGUCAAGUUGUGGCAUAUGAGCAGAAAUGACUGCUUAUGCACCUUUGUCCACAAGGAUCUGGUAACUUCGAUCGCCUUUCACCCUACAGAUGAUCGGUUCUUUCUUGCAGGAUCGCUAGACGCGCAACUACGAUUAUGGAGUAUCCCAGAUAAGAAUGUGGCUUUUCAGACGUCGUUAGGCGAGUUCAUCACUGCUGUAGCAUUCUCUCCCGACGGUACUAUAGCCAUCUGUGGCGUGCUCAGCGGCUUGUGCACUUUCUACACAACUGAGGGAUUGAAACUCAAGUACCAAAUUCAUGUGCGAUCCUCAAGGGGUAAGAAUGCCAAAGGAAGCAAGAUCACAGGCAUCCGAACUAUGACCAUACCCGAAGGACCUGACGCUGGACAAGUCAAGGUUCUCGUUACCUCUAACGAUUCGCGAGUUCGAAUCUACAAUCUGAAUGACAAGGUGAUUCAGGUCAAGUAUAAGGGACUGGAGAACCAGUCGAGUCAGAUCAAUGCGCGCUUCAGUGACGACGCCAACUACAUCAUCUGUGGAAGCGAGGAUCGCAAAGCUUACAUCUGGAAACUUGGUUCCCAGGAUGAGAUAAAGGAUAAACAACCCUAUGAAUCAUUCGACGCCCACCCCGAAGUCGUGACCACGGCUUUGAUGGCACCUGCAAAGAGUCGGCAGCUACUAAGCGCAUCGGGUGAUCCUAUUUACGACCUAUGCAACCCACCACCCGUAACUUUGAGAAGUUUGGAGGAGAGCACAGCAAGUCAAUCAGCCCCUUCCGAGGAGGAACACGGCGACUCGCUACACAGCAACAAACGUCCAGAGGAAACGCCUGCAUAUGUCGAGCGAUCCAGGCAUAUCGACGGAAACAUCAUUAUUACAACUGACAGAACGGGCAAGAUCAAGGUGUUCCGACAGGACUGCGCCCAUAAGAAGAGGCAGCAGGGACUGUGGGAGUCGGGUUCUAGGUUGUCGAAUCGUUUGUCUGGUGUCGGAAGAAGCGGAAGUGUUAUGACCAGAACGAGUGCGAGCAGUCGUGUGCAAUCAAGACGUGGCUCUCUCACUAUUCCAGGUCCUAACCCUAUUCAACUCCAGCAUGCUUCCGACAGAAUUAACAGUUGGCGGCAAGAUAUCGAUGGUGAGCGACCCAGUCUAAACACCCCAGCACGAAGUGAACGGUCUAUGUCUCCCAAUAAACCGACACAAUCGCCUGUCAACUCAGCCGCGAAUUUGGCAGCAGAAUCUCGAAAACAACCUUACGCAUCGAGUCCGAUCACUCGUCCAGCCCCGACAAGUCCUGCUAGCAGUGGCAUGUCGCACCGUACCACAAUCAGGGCGUCGCAAGACCGGGAUAGAAAAAACAGCAUCACGAGUCCGCCAACGCCAAGCUUCAGUCUCAUCAGCGCAUCAGACUCCGAUGGCCUGAAUGAUCGGGAAGGCAGUUUUUGGAAUCUAAGCCGAUGGAGAAGUUCCCGUCAGAGUCUCCGACACUCCUCUGUGUUGUCGAGCCCCAAUGGAUCUCCAAACCCGGGUCAUACUCGCUCAGGCAGCGAGUUUCUCAGCGUCAGGGAUCGAUCUUCCCCACGAAUGAGCAUGGGCGUCAAUGACUCGAAGCCAACUCGCGAAGAAAUAGCUAAUCGACGCAAGUCAGCCGGCCCCAGGCUGACAUCGAGGCUAUCGGUGCAAAGCGAUGACAAAACUGGAUUUGAGGAGGAAGUCGACACGCAUGACCAGGUCACCCCGACUAAGAAACGGGUGGACUCUGGCGUCGGACGUAUUAGCGACGAAUCGACGAACUCCGUUGUUUAG